AUUCAUUCGUGGCAAAUAUUGUCACCAUCAUCCUCGAACAUCCAGCAGUCGUGCGUCAUGUCCAAGGUAGCAGCCAAAGGUCAAGCUCACCUGGUGCGCCUGCUGAUCGGUGCUGGCAAAGCAACUCCUAGCCCACCCGUCGGUCCGGCUCUGGGUGCUCGUGGUGUGAAGUCUAUGGACUUUUGCAAGGAGUUUAACGCACGAACUGCACACUUCGAACCCGGUGUCCCAGUACCAACAAAAAUAACAGUCCAGCCCGACCGCACUUUCACGUUCGUCACUAGAACGCCACCUACGACAUGGCUCCUGAAGCAGACAGCAGGGCUGGAGAAGGGACCCGCUCGCCCCGGACAUGAGAUCAUGGGAACCAUCUCUUUGAAACACGUGUAUGAAAUUGCGAAGAUCAAGGCGAGGGACGAGCACCUUAAGCAUCUCAAGCUGGAGUCCAUCGCAAGCACGGUAAUUGGAACCGCCAGAACCCUGGGAUUACAAGUCGUCCCAUGACUUGACGCUGCCGCAGGUAUAGCUGUACGUGUAAGGUAUAGUAUUGUCAGCCGUCCAUCAGCUUAUCGUGUUUAACUCGUAGUGGCAACUGUCUUAUCGAUGUUUUCGUCUAUCUCCGAUACCUGCUCUAGAGAUGCAGAGGUGCCCGAUGUAGAUAUUAGACCAUUCUGGGUGAAUCAAAUGGGCAGGCAAGUGCUAUGAGGUGCCGGUUGGUUGAAUAUAGGUUGUGCAAG